AAUGGAUGGAAUCAGUUACUGAGCUGUUGUGAAGCCAAGAGGUUUGCAUUGUGGCUUUGGUGUUGCAGAGCCAGAAGUGAGCAUAUUUGGACAAGAGGAUGGAACAGAGGAAAGUGAGCCAUCCUUUUGUAUUGAGAAAAGCCAAUCAUUCAGCAGGUGAGAGUAUAAAACGAUGCUGUCGCUGGAUGUUGGAGUCAGAAAACACCUGCAGCAUCGGCCACAGGUGGACUCCAGGCAACAUGGCUGUCACCACGGUGAUCCUGCUUCAGUUGACGCUGGUCUCACUGGUAUCUGCGGCUCACUACAUUUCGGGCUCCAUGACCUUCACACCCAAAGGAAGUGGCUCUAAUGGAACCUUUAGGAUAGAAAUUCGGAACAAGGAGACCUACCAUAUGUGCUCUGAUCAGCACAGCUACUCCUGUUACAGUGGUAACUGUGGCUAUGAAAUAGCAUCACAGAGUGGCGAAAUUGACAAGAGAGAGGAUGAGCUGAAUUAUGAACACAAGUGGUGUGAAACUGAAACUGUGGAGACAAGAAUCCUUCCAAAUGACAAACCCUUUGUACUGGGAGAAACUGGUUGUUGUUGGACUGAAACCCGUACUCCUGGUGGAAGUAGUUGGAGGCUACAAACGUUAAUAGAUUUGGGAACACGAUCUGACACUGAACAAUCCAACAGACCUCCAGUCACUGCUGUUCUACCUUUCUUGCGGUAAGUCUUAACAUA